UGAAGAAAAGUCUCUCUUAUAGGUAUAGAGAAAACGCCAACAUGGCGGCUCCCAGGGUGAAGUGGAAGAGAGUAAUUAGCACCGCAGGGCCUUGCCCCAGACCUCGACACGGGCACCGGGCAGUCGCCAUUAAAGAGCUGAUGAUCGUAUUUGGUGGAGGAAAUGAGGGCAUAGUGGACGAGCUGCACGUUUACAACACAGCUACAAACCAAUGGUUUAUCCCAGCCGUGAAAGGAGAUAUUCCACCAGGCUGUGCAGCAUAUGGAUUAAUUUGUGAAGGAACUAGACUGGUGGUAUUUGGAGGAAUGGUAGAAUAUGGGAAGUACAGCAAUGACCUUUAUGAGCUACAGGCAAGUCGUUGGGAGUGGAAGAAAUUAAAACCCAAAUCUCCAAGAAAUGGCCCACUUCCUUGUCCUAGACUUGGUCACAGCUUUUCUGCAGUUGACAGCAGAUGUUAUUUGUUUGGAGGAUUGGCAAAUGAUAGUGAAGACCCCAAGUAUAAUAUUCCAAGGUACCUAAAUGACUUGUAUGUCCUAGAGUUGAAGACUGGCUCUGGGGUGGUAGGAUGGGAUAUCCCAGUAAUCUGUGGCACUCCUCCUCCACCAAGGGAAUCCCACACUGCUGUUACUUACUACCAGAAAGGAAAGCCAAAGCUUGCAGUAUAUGGUGGAAUGAGUGGCUGUCGACUGGGGGAUCUUUGGAUUUUAGAUAUAGAUUCUUUGACUUGGACCAAUCCAGAAGUGGAAGGGACAACACCUCUUCCCAGAAGCCUUCACUCUGCAACAGUUAUUGAGAAUAAAAUGUAUGUUUUUGGAGGCUGGGUUCCACUGCUAAUGGAAGAUUCCAGAGUCCCUACACAUGAGAAAGAAUGGAAGUGCACAAACUCCUUGGCUUGUCUGGACUUGGAUAAAAUGACAUGGAAUCAGCUAAGUACAGAAUCAACAGAUGAGAGUAUUCCUCGUGCCAGAGCUGGGCACUGUGCUGUACCCAUAAAUGCACGGUUAUAUAUUUGGAGUGGGAGAGACGGUUACAGAAAAGCAUGGAACAACCAAGUGUGCUGCAAGGACCUCUGGUAUUUGGAAACGGCUCCUCCUUCAGCUCCUGGAAAAGUUCAGUUGGUCAGAGCCAACACUACAUCUUUGGAAGUCAGCUGGGGAUCGGUGCCAUCUGCAGACUGUUACAUCAUACAGGUACAGAAGUAUGAUUUGCCCACAGUUACAACAGCUUCAGCUCCUGUUGUAACUUCUGCGGCUGUAGCACCAGCCAAGGAUGCUAGCAGCUCUGCUUCACUUGCUGCUGUUUCUUCUAGUCCUGUCCAUCCUGUACCAGCACAAACUGGAAUUCGAUUGGUGACAUCAACAGCAGCCACACAAACAGUACUGAAGAUUCCUGCAUCUCCACAAACAUCAGCAGCAGUAGUAAGAGCUACAUUGCCAGCUGUGGUUGCACAAGGACAGUCAGCUGUAACACCGACCAGAUCAACACCAACAGUGCGUUCUUUUCCUGCUGGGGUCCAAGUGGUAAUGCCAUCACUAACACAGACACAAACAAGUACCUCAUUUCAACCUUCUGUGUCCAAUUCUCAGAUAAGUGGGAUAAGCCCUCUUGGUGCCACUGUGGCUACAUCAAAAGUAUCUUCCAGUACAGUGACCUCUUCUGUUGUAGGACUUCCAUCUGAUGCCACCAUUAUAAAGACCAUCUCUGUUACUCCUGGAACGAACAGUGUACCAGCUACUGUGAAAGUCGUUGCUCCACCUAUGAUGGUUAAUGCACCUGCAACCUCAAUGUUGAAAUCAGCAGCUGCCCAGCUAGCUUCGUCGUGUAGUCCUGCUACUACCACGUAUAUGCCUGUUCUUCCAAUGCAGAAAUCAACCACAAUCCCUGUGGUGCAACAGCAGGUCCCAGUGAGCACUGCUGUACUUGGAGGGGUGACUAAAACCAUCAAGUUUAUCAAAGCUCCUGUACCUGGAAGCACCACUUUGACCAAAGGAUUACCAGCAGGAACUAUUCUAAAACUAGUCAGUAGUCCUGACGGCAAGCCCACAGCUAUUAUCAGCACAACGCAGGCUGGAAAUAUUGGGAUGAAGCCAACCAUCAUGAAUGUUAGCAACAUUGCUGCUGUCUCCAAGCCAGGAAUGACCACAAUCAUCAAAACCAUACCAGUGACAAGCAUUCUUGGACAACCUAGUGCUGGUGUGUCAACAGUUACUGCUGGUGUCAAGUCUCCAAUCACCAUCAUAACCACAAAAGUAGUGACAUCUGUAACUGGAACUACAACAAAGUUUAUCACAGCUCUUCCUAAAAUCCAAGCUGGACAGCAGGGAGUCACACAGUUUGUAUUGAAGGGAGCAGCAGGCCAGCCUGGUACCAUCCUGCGAACUCUCUCUGGCACUUCACUCAGUGGUGUUCGUCUUAUUACUCCUGUAUCUGUCACUAGUACAAAACCAGUCACAACUUUGUUGCUGAAGGGUACCACAGGUGUCUCCACCUUGAGUACAGUCACAGGAAGUGUGGCAUCUUCCCUCUCAGGAGUUCAUACAGGUUCUUCUGUUCUUAGCUCUGGUAUUACUACUGUUGCUACUGUGCCGAGGCAAGUUGUCAGCGCAACACCAAAUGCAGGGCUUACACUAACUGCUGCAACAAGAACACCACUGACGUGUGUUCAGCCUGUUUCGGAAGCUGGGCAAGUUAGAAUUAUUGCCUGCUCCAGCAGUGCAGUGGCUCAGCAACAAGCACGGCAACAAGCACACAUACUAAACUCUGCAGUAACUGUGGCUCCUACACAAAUAACCCCUGUAGUAACCCUAACUCAGUCCCAUGUACAGGAAGUGCCAGCAAUGACAGUCAUGUGUUCAAACCCUCCGCAUGAAACGUCUGAAACCAAUACCACCAACACAUCCAUAACCACUUCAGUGGACAUCCUUCAAAACCAAGGAAACAUCUGAAAGGUGCAGCAAAACAUAAUGUCUGAAUACUUAAAGAUGUGGCAAGUAGCACUCAGAAGCUUUAAUCAAGCUGAAAGCCUGUUAUCAUUUGUCAUUGUUUCCCAGGAAAAAAGUUUGUCACUUCACUUGAACUGCUGAAGGCACUUAAAACUGUUUUCCAUUUGAAAAGUACAAGGUCCUUCAUUCUGUGAGUUUGUUUUAUUUUUAUUUUCUGAGUGCAAUUUGCAAAUCUGAUGGUUUAUGACCUUCCUCAAGGAAAAGUUGUGGCUGACUGAUUUUUAUUACCUUGACCCAACUAACUUGAGAUAAUCAUCACAGUCCCAAGAUCUGGUGUUUUUUUUUUCACAUUUUAAGCUCACAUGGGUGCAUACAUGUAUGCCUUCCUGGAGCAUCAGCAGAAUUUUUUGAUGCACCCCAGUCCUCUACUCGUGACGUCUCUGCAGAUUUUGAACAGCUGCUUCUUGGACUCCAGAUCCAUUUUUCCAACCAUCCAUGUGCCGUAUUUGACUCCACCUAUUUUGAGUUUCUUUGCAUUGUGAAUUACCAGUUAAUGGAUAUGGAUUCUAUAUUCCUUCCUGUUUUUGUAGUACUUUUAAAAGCAACUGUUUACUUCUAUUUUUAUGUAGAUAAUACUACAUGAUGACCUCAAAAAUUGAUUCAGGAUUUCAUAUCUGGUAUUAGAGAUAGUGAGAAUAAGAUUUCUCCUGUCCCCAUUCCUGAAUGAACAAAGGACCAAUGUAGUCCGAGUGCUACACUAAUCCUUACUGCCUGUUUUCAGCACUAGAAGACUUCCAUGCACGCUGUCCUCAUCACUACAAGAGAUUGCAGAAGUUAAUGGUUAUUUUCAUAAUGGAAUGAACAGUGUGUAAAGUGACUCCUUCAGGUAUGCUCGUCUGUCAUAUGCCUUCAGUUGAGUCUAUUUAUCUUUGCUUUCCGAAGUUAUGCUGAGUACUGCUAUGUUUUCUUGUUGGUGCACAUUAAUGUAAUUUAUGUGUAAAGAAUUAUGCAUUUCCAAAUGUGAUUAAGUGCUUUUCAGUCACAAGUCGAGUUGUAGUGGCCCAUGUGUGGUGGAGCUACUGAUAAAUCUCAGGCUGUAUUCCCCAUUGGCUGAAGAGGUCAGGAAAACAAGUGUAGCUACACUUUGAGACUAAAGUGAUAAGUGGCUCCUAACUGAAUUAUUUGUCCACAACAAUGUAAAAACAUGGGCUUUGUUAGAUUAUUAAUAUUAAAUUAUUAGAUUAUAAUUGCUUGUUGGUUGAUGUGUAAGAGGAAGUAAAACUGUAUAAGAUUCUGAGGAGUACUUCUGUUCCCACAGAAUUCAGCAGAUAUUUCAGAAGUUUCAACACAGAAGUUAUUUUACUUCACUAAAACUCUGCUAAAAUAUUUACCACUGACUGAAGUUGUCUAAGGUAGAGAAUCAUGUUUUUUCACAGGCUGAAUAUUCCCUUAAAUUUUUUCUGUUGGUGUCUUGUCUCAUGAACUUAAAUACAGAGAGAUGAGGAAAAAUAUAAAUCUUGAUUAAGAAAGGGGAAGUGAUGCACUGUAAACAGAGCCGAUACUAUUUUAGUCCUCAUUUUAACAAAUUUACCUUGUGGAAACAGCGGUCUUAGAUGACAUUAACCUCUUCAUCUUAGCUCUUGCUGCAGCACAGGUCGGUAUUAUAAUUAAUGCUUGCUUGCUUCUUUUCUUUCUGGUCAGAAAUCUGUGGUAGCUAAUCGUAGGGUCAGUUAUCUUCUUGAAUGUCUGCUGUGUAUUGUUUGUAACUGAAGCUAUAACCACAAAUCGCAUUAUGCAGGCAGCUUUCACUGAUAUAACCUUGUUUUUACAUUGUUUACAUUUUCUGCCAGUUUGCAUUUUUAUAUAUCCAUUACUUUAAUUAUAAAUUGCCCACUCAAGAACUUAAAAUGUAUUGCUGAAGAAAUAGUAUUAGUUAAAGUAGUAAAAGCUGUCUGCAUAAAUUAAGUAUGAACAAUGACCACAGAUGUCUUUUAGUCUGAGCAUGCCUGUGACAGGAUAUUUGCUGGUGAAAAAGGAAGACUGCACUCAUCUUUUGCAUACUCUUCUAACCCCUGACUUAGCUGCUAGCCAGAGAAAUUUAUGCCUAUGUAUAAUACAAUUGUUUAAUGUACUGUCAUAUUCUUUUACACAUUUUUUUUAAAUUCUGAAGUAGAUUCGCUUUUUGAAAUUAAUAUUUUAAUCUAAAAACACUUUAGAUGUAAGCAAAGAAAACAAGGGGUUGAACAUAACUGCAUGUCUGACUUGUAAAGACUCUGUAUGCUUGAAUGCAUCUUAGCUGUAAAGGAAAUGAAAGCAUGAUGAAAUGAUGGGAAAACUGAAAGAUCUGUACAGUAUUACGGAAGAAUUACUACAUGGAUGGACACAGAAAAUGUUGAAUAAGAAACAAAUAUUUAUAUUUAUCCUAUGCAUCUCUUGCAUUUAUGUUGGUUGGUGUUUUGGGAGUGCCUUAAUUUGCUGGACCUUUGCAAGAUAAGCAAAUGAAGAAAUGUAAGUGCCUGUGAUUGAAUCCAGAGCAGGAUCACCUCAGAAGCGAAAAUUGUUCUUUUUUUGUAAGAUGAAGUAGUUAAUAGGCUUUUAUGUUACACAAAAACGAGAUAUGCUGUUUCAUGAAAAGGAUGAAGCUUAAAAUAACUGACAUAUCUAUAAAGUUUUUGAAUGCAGUUUGUAAACAUAAUUCAGUAUUUUAGUGAGCAGUUAAAUAAUAGUUGUGUAAGAUUUUAAUUCCUUUGUACUUUUUCAUAUUGUUUAUUCACUCUACAUUAAAUUUUGUCUUGCUGGUAAUCUCAAUAAUUUCUUGUUACCAGAGAUGAUAUCACAUAAAAGUUUGAUGGCCUUUGCUGAAUUUUAUUGUACAAAAUUGCACUAAGUCAGCCUGCAAGCAUGGUAGUAAUAAUACAUUUCAGUGCAACACUGCAGUGAAUCUUUGGACAUGCCUAGGCUAGUUCAAAGUUGUUUAUGUGCAAGUCCCAGUGAAUGGUUUCCUCUCAGUUAAGGUGACUGUGAGUACUACAGUAGAUUCAUAGUAACUAUAAUUAUGAAGAGACGGGAGAAUUCCUACUGAUUUCUGUGGUAUUACACAGUCUGUAUACAGAUUUGCUUUUAUGUUUUUAUAAACAUGUAAAAGUGUUCCAGCAUUUCAUUCAAAGAUAUGAAAUAAAACCGGCUAUCUGUACUUUCUUUUCUUUUUUUUUUUUGGGGGGGGGGGGUGACCAUAAUUCUGAAAGUGUUAUAAACAUUCAUACACAAGAUUAGGAAAUAAAAAUGUCCCUCUGUUAAAUGUCCCGGGGAAGGGGAUCUACUGGUUUGUAAAAUAAGGAAAUUCCUCAAAACCGAAAGAAAUUCAGUUUCAAAUUUUCAAGAUGUAUAUCUUGCAAAAUUGCUGGCUUUGCAAACAUGGGACUUAAUUCCAUACUGUACCAUGGAAUAUAGUGGUUAACACCAGCUCUUUCAUUUGAGGGAAGGAAGUUUAACUUGUUAGAGCUGCACUGUUUCCUGUUGGAAGUCAGGUGGUGGAGCAGUUGUGCUCAACAGUCGUUGGCAGCACUUUAGGCCUGCAAACUUGGGAGCAGACGUAAUGAAAUGCCUGCAUUUUUGCAUUAGAUGCAGUGACCCAGCUAGUAUAGAGGAAAAAACUGUUCCAAAUGGUGCCUGUAGUCUAGUGUGCUAAGACCGAUGAAUAUAAAUUUGCAGCAGUGCAAAGAGAGAGAGCACGAGUGUUUUGUUACUGGGCUAUGGCUAGGCUGAAAAUAUGUAUCAGCAAAAAGGAGGAAAUAUCACUUAAACAUGAAGACCCCCCUCCACAGAUGCACAUCAUUUGUCUAGUUUUCUUUAUAUUUUCUCUGUCUGAAAAUUUUUGAUUGAAUUUUCUGAACUGUCAUUGGUCAGAUAUCCAUACUUGAAUUGCCAUGGAAUUAACUGUAAGAAAGCAUUGAAAUUGAAAGAAACAAAAGCAAGUUUUUAUCUUUCAGUAUUUAUGUAGCCCUCUGACUGUGUGUGGGUAUUUUGCCUUGCUUGUUUCCCCACCAAAAGUGAGAUAUCUUCUGGACUGGAUAACUUCUAACUAGUUAUUGGCUUGAAAGUGUUGCUUCUCAUUAUUAGGAACAUUUAUCUGUAGUACUGCUACCAAUGUAGUUAAGACUGCAGCCAGACAAUGUUGCCAAUGGCAAACGUCCUAGGUUUUUUAUGCAGCUUUACAUUCUGUUUUGAAAGCAACUGUUACAUCAACAAGGAUAAAGGUUACCUGUGUCAGAAUGCAUUUUAGUUUUCUAACCACUCCAAGAAGCAACUGCUUCAUUUGUAUUUUAUGCAGAAGUAUCUCAUUGCCAUGGCCUUUUCCACAAAAGAGCUUCUAUGUUUGUGAUAAGAAGGCAAAAAUUCCAUCAGAUACACUAACUUAAUUACUGGAUUUUCUUAUUUAUUAAAUCUUCUAUUUAGUGCACAAGGUCUUAUCUCAGACCUUGUAGCACUUAAAGUCACCAGAGCCUCACUUUCUGCCCGUUUCAUGUAAAAAAAAAAAAAAAAAAGUGUGUGCGCGUGUAAUUGAUAAUGCUAGUUUGAGAAUGCUAAGAAGCUGCAAGCAUUUGCUGCACCCUCCCCAAUGGCACUCACUUGCCAUCUUUGUUGGCACAGAAGGAUAGAGCCCUGACUAUGACCCAGGCUACCUCAAUUUAAAGUCUGAAUUCCUGCUCAGCCACCUGUUGAAGCUGUUGCAGGAGGAAGGGGAAAGAAUGAGGCAGAAGCCUCUCUGCUUUUCCAGGGCAGGAGCUUGAAAGUGUGAUGGAGUUUAGAUAGCAGCACUAGUGGUAAUACCAGGGCUGCACUGGUAAUCUAGUGCUGCAGAAGUAUAGAGAAGUAAAUGUUUGAGAUAAAUUCUACCAGGGAAGUGAUAGGGUGUUAUUUUGCACUGUCAUCCACUCAUACAUGCACAUGCAAACACACACAUACUUCACUGAUGUUAGCCCAGCAUUUCAAAGGAGAAAUGCAAGGCUACAAAUUAAGUUAACCCAACCUCCAGAAGUACCACAUUAGUUUCCAUGUUCUUUCAGAUAUUAAGAUGUGCUGUCUAAAACUGGAUAAUAAAGAGGUAGCUUUAGUAGAUCUACUGUCACCACUGCUUAGAUUUCAUGCAGGUGCAUGAAUAUUUCAUCUACGGUUUUUGAAAUGCGCCUUCCUCCUAUUCUGUUUACACAAAUGGCUGGUCAUUCGAUGGAAAUCAGAAAAGGCAGAAAAAGAGAAAGUACUGAAUGCUCAAAUAUUUUCCGUUUGGUUUAAAAGCUCACAUUGCAAAUUAAUUUAUGGCACUGAAUAAGUGAUACAGUAAUACACUCUGCAUUUGUAGUUUAUCAUCACUAAGACUUAAAACUUCAUAUCUGUUUUAUUAACAUUCAUCACAGUUUUGCAUAUAAGUAUUCAAAGCUAUUAUUCUCAAAGGUACAUUUUUGCAUUCUGCCCAGUUUUCUUAAGGUAGAGUCACGGUACCAAUUUGCUAAUGGAUGGGACUAAUUGGAACACCUCCAUUGUUUAACAGAGGUCUGCAACAGUAUUUACUUUGAAAUGUCCAUUUGUACAGGAUUAGGAUUAUGAAAAAUGUGUUUCUUAUGUGUUAUUAUUGUAUUCUAUUUGUGUACAGCUUAAAUAAAAUCUUGUUCUUAGAUCUAAACCUGUAAAUACUUUGCACAUAAAUAAAACAUUUUAAGAGCUA